AUGAAAUUGUGGUUAAUCCUCGUUUUGCAAGCCACGUUAGCAGCUGCAUUUACUACCAAUCGUUCUAAUAAUAUUGGGAAACAUCACCAUCAGCAGCCUUCAGCAUCAGCAUCCUCCUCCUCCUCCUCCUUGGACGCAUCGGCAUUGAUCAUUCAAAACAAGGGCGGUGGUCAUGGAGAACUCGGAUAUCAAUUGGCAAAAGUCUUGCAAGAAAACUACAAGGAUAAGAUCACCAACAUUACUAUUUUGCAAGAUGAAGACUGCGAUAUGGAGAAGGAACCCUUCAAGUCCUAUGGGACAGAUCUCGAGGGAGUGGAAGUGAAUUAUCUUCCCAUUAGCAUGGGCUCUGAUUUCAUUGACAUGCACUUUAUGCAAAACAUGUUGGGUGGGAAACGAUUUUCAUUCGAAUAUGUCUUUGACAAUGCCUCCAAGAAGCCGGUUGCGGAGUACAAGGCUUUGGUCGAUUGCGCGGCGGAAUGGGACAACCUGAAAAUGUAUUGUUACGUUUCGUCUGCUGGCAUGUACACUCCUGAUGCAGAUGCGGAUGGUCCCAUGUCGGAAACGACGGCAGUCAAGGAAUCUUCGGGUCAAUAUCAAUUCGAACAAUACGUUUUGGAAAAGAAACUCCCACUAGUGUCCUUCCGCCCACAAUACAUUUAUGGAGAAAAGGCCAACAAAUUUGAUUAUUUGGAUUAUUAUUUUGAAUACAUCCUCAAGGAUGCUCCGGUCCCCAUGCCGGGAGACGGAAGUCAAAUGGUAUCCUUGACCAACUCCAAGGAUGUGGCCUCCUUGUUGGCGUCUGUUUUGGACAAGGAGGAAGAAGCCGUUGCCCAGCGAUACUUUAAUUGCGGAACGGAUCGAUUGGUGUCGUACAAGGAGGUGGCGGAACUUUGUGCCAAGGCGGCCAGCGUGAGUAACGUCCAAAUUGAAUCGACCGGGGACGAAAAGGGAGACUUUCCAUUUCGAGCCACCAACUUUUAUGUGGCACCCGACAUGGCCAGGGAAAAGCUUGGAUGGGAGGGGGCCAAGAACAAAUUGGAAGACGACCUGGUGUCAUGGUACUACAAAGGAUACAAGGAACGAAAACCAUUCAUUGAUGCUGUAGUCGAGUAA